AUGACAACUUCCACGUUCAAGAUCGAUGAUAACCUCAAAUACUUGAAUGGCUUCAACGGCUUUCACCAGUCUGAAGCAGUAGAGGGUGCUAUUCCAUCGGUUAUUAAUAUCCCUCAAAAAUCCUCCCACGGGCUCUAUACUGAACGUAUCUCCGGAAGCUCUUUUACCGUGCCGAGGAAGGACUCAAAGCAAACGUGGCUAUACCGGCUUCUUCCAUCGACAUGCCAUAAAGAUUUUAGCUUACUCGAAGCUAAUCCGUUCAAUUUCAACAAUACCUUGAACUUGAAGUACCAGUAUUCUCCUAAUCGGUUUACCUGGGCCCCUGUGCAAAUUGCCGAGGAAGCAGAUUUUCUUACUGGUCUUCAAUUGAUUGGAGGCGCUGGUGAUCCUACUAUGAAACAAGGACUAGCAUACUAUGCCUUCACAGCUGGAAAGUCAAUGCCACCUAACCAGGCAUUCUAUAGCGCAGAUGGAGAUAUCCUUUUAGUUCCGCAGAAGGGCACUCUCGAUUUACGCACGGAAAUGGGCAAUCUUCGCGUCCGAUCUGGGGAGAUUUGCGUUGUUCCCCGAGGAAUUCGUUUCCACGUUUCGCUCCCAGCAGGUCAGGUGCGAGGCUUUGCACUCGAACUGUUCGAGGGCCAUUUCGAGUUACCAGAGCUUGGGCCAAUUGGCUCUACCGGCCUUGCAAAUAUUCGUGAUUUCGAGAUUCCUACUGCUAGCUUCGAAAACUCUGAUGUUGAUACGGAGAUUAUCGCUAAGUUUGCUGGCCAGAUGCACCACGCUAUGUAUCAGGGUAGUAUCUUUAACGUUGCUGGGUGGUCGGGAACAUAUUACCCUUUUAAGUAUGAUCUAGGAAAAUUCAACACUAUCGGCUCAAUCUCAUACGAUCACACAGAUCCUUCAAUCUUCACAGUCCUCACUGCGCCUUCAUCUGUUCCAGGAGAAGCCGUCGUUGACGUUGCAGUCCUUGGUUCUCGCUGGCUUGUCAUGGAGAAGACCUACCGUCCGCCAUACUUCCAUCGCAACACUAUGUCGGAGUUUGCUUUCCUCAUUAAAGGCGGAUUUGAUGUUACUCCGUUGCCUCCACAGUUAGAAGGCUUGUUCUCAUUAGCCAACACUAUGUGUGCCCAUGGAGCGGACGCAGAGAGCUGGAAACAAGCGACUGAAAAGGUGCUGGUGCCAGAGAAGAUACCUCCCGGAAAUUUGGGAAUGUUGUUUGAGAGCAAAUACUUCAUUGGAUUGACCGAAACAGCGAACAAGAAACUAAUGAAGGUUCCGGGGAGAAGUGCGGCAUUUGAGAAGGCGAAUAUUCAAUUGAUCUCAGACUAA